AUGCAUCAACCCGACUACGUCGAGCCCGCUCAGGGCAUUUCCUACUUCACUCCCGCCCAGAGUCCCCCCGCCGGAACAGCCGCCAACCCGCAGACGAACGGCCAGAAGAUCCCCAAACUCUUCCAGCCCUUCACCGUCCGCGGCGUGACCUUCCAGAACCGCCUAGGCCUAGCCCCUCUAUGCCAAUACUCCGCCGAAGAUGGCCACAUGACAGACUGGCACGUAGCCCACCUGGGCGGAAUCGCGCAGCGCGGCCCAGGUCUCAUGAUGAUCGAAGCCACAGCCGUCCAGCCCGAAGGCCGCAUCACACCGCAAGACGUAGGCCUCUGGAAAGACUCCCACAUCGCGCCCAUGAAGCGCGUAAUCGAGUUCGUACACAGCCAGGGCCAGAAAAUUGGCGUGCAGAUCGCGCACGCCGGCCGGAAAGCCAGUACCUGUCCGCCGUGGAUGUCGACAGCGGUCGUGGCCUCUGAGCAAGUCGGCGGAUGGCCCAAUAACGUUAAGGGACCGUCUGAUAUCCCGUUCGCAGAUUCGUUCCCUCAGCCCAAGGCCAUGACCAAGGCGGACAUUGAGGAGUUCAAGAGCGCCUGGGCGGCGGCUUGUAAGAGGGCGAUUGCCGCGGGAUCGGACUUCAUCGAGAUCCAUAACGCGCACGGAUACCUGCUCUCUUCGUUCCUUUCCCCGGCGGCCAAUAGCAGAACCGACGAGUACGGUGGUUCCUUCGAGAACCGGAUCCGAUUAUCCUUGGAAAUCGCCCAGGUGACCCGUGACGCCGUGGGCCCGCAGGUCCCCGUCUUCAUUCGUGUCUCGGCCUCCGACUGGCUCGAGGAAAUCCUUCCGGAGCAGAGCUUCAACGUCCACGAGACAAUCAAAUUCGCGCAGGCCCUCGCCGCCCAGGGCGCGGUGGACCUCAUUGACAUCAGCACGGGAGGCGUGCACGCUGCGCAGAAAGUCAAGUCGGGCCCUCUAUUCCAGGUCCCCUUUGCCGUGGCUGUGAAAAAGGCCGUGGGCGAUAGGCUGCUCGUCUCGGCCGUGGGCGCCAUCACCAACGGCAAGCAGGCGAACCAGGUACUCGAGGAGGAGGGGAUCGAUGUGGCGCUUGUGGGGCGUGGAUUCCAGAAGGACCCCGGUCUGACGUGGACUUUCGCGCAGCAUCUUGAUACGGAGAUCUCGAUGGCAAAUCAGAUUCGUUGGGGUUUUACUAGACGUGGUGGGACUCCUUAUAUUGAUCCUUCGGUUUAUAAGCCGUCGAUCUUUGAUUAG